AUGGAGGGUCUGCUAUUCAACGUGAACAACGGCUACAUUGAGGGCAUUGUCCGAGGAUAUCGGAACAGUUUGCUCACCAGCGCCAACUACAACAACCUGACACAAUGCGAGACUAUUGAUGACCUCAAGCUCCAACUCGGUCCUGCCUAUGGCGACUUCCUAGGCUCGUUGCCCCCGAAUCCCUCCACAUCCAGUCUGGCUUCCAAGACGACAGACAAGCUUGUUUCAGAGUUCCGUUAUGUGCGCGCCAAUGCUGUAGGCUCGCUCGCGAAAUUCAUGGACUACUUGACCUAUGGCUACAUGAUCGAUAACGUGGCACUACUCAUCACUGGUACCCUCCAUGAACGCGACACCCGCGAGCUGCUGGAGCGCUGCCACCCACUUGGCUGGUUUGAAACCAUGCCCGUUCUUUGCGUGGCUACCAAUAUCGAAGAGCUUUACAACAGCGUGCUCAUCGAAACCCCUCUUGCCCCUUACUUCAAGGGCUCUCUAUCACAUCAAGAUCUGGACGAACUCAACAUUGAGAUCGUACGGAAUACCCUCUACAAGAACUAUCUCGAAGACUUCCACAACUUUGUCAACACUGAGCCAGAUAUGGCCGGUACACCAACCUCCGAGGUCAUGAGUGAGAUUCUCGAGUUUGAAGCAGAUCGCCGAGCCAUCAACAUCACUCUCAACAGUUUUGGCACCGACCUGGGCAAGGGCGAUCGUAAGAAGCUAUACCCUUCUUUCGGCCGUCUGUAUCCCGAGGGAACAUUGAUGCUGUCUCGCGCAGACGACUUUGAGGGCGUGAGAUUGGCCGUAGACGGAGUGGGCGACUACAAGAACUUUUUCGAUGCGGCAGGCCUGGGUGGUGGUCCGUCUGGCCCAGGUAACAUGGCCGGAGGUUCUGGGGGCAAUGACAGCCGCAGCUUGGAAGAUAUGUUCUACGAAAAGGAGAUGCAGAUUAGCAAGAGUGCCUUUACAAGGCAAUUCAGCUUUGCAAUCGUGUACGCCUGGGUAAAGCUCAGGGAACAGGAAAUUCGCAACAUCACCUGGAUUGCUGAAUGCAUAGCUCAGAACCAGAAGGAGAGAAUCGGCAACUACAUCAGCGUCUUCUAA